CGGAGAGAUACUUACACUCAUCUGUGCUGAGGCAUAGUCUGUAGCUUUACAACUGGCAGGUUUUUGAAUUCAUGAUCGUGAUUAAGAGGAGUAGUUGUUCUUGUUCUUGGAUUAAAAGUGAAAGUGUACUCGAAAGUUUCAUUGAAGUAGAGGGUUCUUGAUAAUUUUGCAAGGAAGUUCUUGUCUCUCAUUUUUCCCACUGAUUCCACCAUGACACCAGGCAAAAUAUCUUAUCUAAUGAUGCCCUACAACAGCUCCAUCCACCUCUACCGAACUCUUUCUUGUCGUGCUAAAAAUCCUUUCACGUAGAAAAAUUCGUCACUGUGCUAGCAUUCUCUGGUCAACAACAUCCACCCGUCGCUCAACAAAUUCAAGCCCUGUGUGCUCCUGGACGGACCAUCUUGCUGUCUUCUACUCCUUAACCUGUUCCCACUUAAAUUGUGCAUUUCUUACUACAUCGAGAAACAUCAAAAAAAUGUUGCCGACCUUGUUGCAGGAUGUUGACGCCUCACCCGGUCUACGGUCUCGUGGACUGGCGAAGACGGGCGCGAGUAUUAUUGGUGGAUCUUCGACAACCUCACUGUCUUCUCCGGCAACAAAUGAGAUUGAUACAGGAGUAGUUGAAUCGUUAUACCGAAAUCCGAAGUCUUUUUCUGCCUCUCCAUUGAGGAAUGUUGCGAGAGCCAGGAGUCGGCCCCUAUUGGAGGGGACGCAUCAGAACGAGCGGCACUUUGACAGCGCCACUGAGGGUGAGUCUUCGAGAAUGAGCACACCUGCAGGAGGGUUGGGAGGAGAGGUAGGAGGCUUUCCGCACCAACACUUGAAGGAGAAGAGCAGUUCGCAUUCGCCACAGCGCAGCACCACUCAUUCAGCAGCUGCAGGUGGCGAACUUGAUGUCUUCAAACUCCUCAACUUGAACGAAGUGAACGCUCGUGAACAACGGCGUAAACGGACCACCGAUACCGCUUUUUUCAACGAAGCAGCACGCUUGCUACCCAGUGAAUUGAAAAGCAACCGAAAGGGUAUUCGCGCGGCGAAAAUCGUGCCACGGAAUCCUCGCGAACGACUCGGUGCACGAGCUAUUUUGGACAGGUCCAAACUGCUUCUGAAAAACGGCUAUGCAAUCGAAAGAACACCCUUGUCGCCGGACGACGAAGCAAGGGCACAAGUGGCGGAAACGAACUUGUUGGCGAACGACAGGUCAGAACGCGCAAAAAAGAUGCAAGAAGUGGCAAAAGCUAGACAUGAGAAAUACCUCCAAGACCUAGAACAUCAGAACACGCCAAAUAUUAAAGGUGGACCAGAUCAUGAACAACAAGAUCCGGACCUGCUCUACGACCAAUAUGAUCUUCAAUCUCAAAAAACUAAAACCCCUACGACCCCAAGCAGGACUAAGCAGGAUUCCGGUAAUGAGACCUUCGAGUUCGAGAAGUGGCUCGACAACUACUACGAAUCCAAAAAGAAGGCCGCACUCUUGGCUAAGACGGAAGGAGAUGAAGCAUUUUUAGACGAGUCAGGAGAAGAAGACGACCUCCACGCGAGAAAGCAGGAAAAGGACAACGUCUUGAAGUCUUCGUCUAGAGCGCAAAGCCGUGCAUCUUCUUCGAGGAACAAGAGUCGAAGAUCACCGAAGCAACGCGCCACAUCGACAUCAGCAGUUCUAUUAAGGGUAGUUUUUUAAAGGUGCUUUUCUUACCCCUGCUUUUUAUGCCUCUCCUAAGGGAGAAAGGCAUAACAAGCGGGGUAAGCGAGCACCGAUAACCUCCCUCUAAUUCUAGGUGGAAGUCCACCUACAACUACUGGCAGUCGAGGCGUGCUCAGUCCGACGACGACUACCGCAACAUUGCAAGGUCCUCUAGGAAACAACAAGAGCAAGAUAGUUUCAACCGCAAGUGCAUCGACUGCCGCACCUACAACUAGCUCCUAUGCACCGACGUCUAGUAUAGCACCAACGGCUUCAUUGAGGAUUACAGAAGACGAUCAUGAUGACGAUAUCCCUUUGCGAGGUAGUCGUAGCAUGAUGACAUCUUCGAUGGGUACUUCUACAACGACUGGUGGAGCAACGUCUUCUUCUAGGAGACCUCAACGGCCAAGUAGUCAAGCACACGAUCACGAUGAGGAUGACCUCGUUUGUCCACCAGUAGAGGAUGAUGAAGACACUUCCGACGUGGAGUCCUACGAUAGUGAAGUCGACUUAGAACUCCUCAAUCAGUUGUUGGGAGGUUACGAGACUGAAGAUGACGGCCAGUGCGGCUUUGACCAGUACUCGCCAGAGGAAAAGAUCAACUUCUUGCAGAACUCCACUGACGAAGAACUCGCGUCGCAUGGCAUCUUCAAGUUUCGAAUUGCCACAGCUGGCGCUAAAAGGGCGACGGAAAUGAGGCCAUUAGAGACGAUUCAAGAGCAGUACGACGAAAGAGAAACUGAGGGUAGAAAGCGCAUUUUGAGAACCGACGGGUCUCACGCGAGGUCUGUCUUGGACACCUACAUGGACGAAAGCGAGGACGAGGACAGCGACGAGGAGGAAAAGAAAAAGAACAAGCCAAAAGUUACGAAGUUUGAAGCUCGUAGUUCAGCGGAGAAGCAGAAAACGUACAUUCAGCAAGUCCACUCUCGGUCUGAAGCGGGUGUGGCAAAUGGUCCCUUCCAGCUGCCGCAGGAUAUGGGACCGUUGUCGCGGUACGGAAACAUCGCGUCUCCAGAUGAUUUCCUCAUUAUGGAAGACGUCAGCGGAGUAGCGAAGUUGUGGUUCCAACCCGCUGAGCCUGGUGGUGACCAAAAGCCUUACCGAACACCUUCCACGAUCGUAACGAAAGACUCCCUCUUCCCAAGUCCACAGUUUUCGCACAGGCCUGGCAUGCUGGAAGCGGGCUCGGGUGAUAGAGGAAGUGGCCAGGGAUACCAUCUUGCCAUGGAAGGGGGAGAGGAGGUCAUCUUGAUGGAAAUUCCUGAACCAGAGAAGCUCAAUUUGGCAAUUCCUAGGUCAGUACGAGAUCCGGAUCGAUUCCCGGAAGAGGUAGAUACCAGCAAGUCUCCAAGACGUCAGAUCUUAGGAGCGCGUAUGCUGCAAGACCGAAAACAACUAGAAAACGACUUGAAAGCAUCGAUCAUCAUGCGGAAGGGAGCGGUAAUAUUAUAUGAGAAACGAUGAAAAUUAGAAGAAGAAGAAAUAACUUUUAUCAUUAUCACAAUUAUUCCUGAAGUUGUCCGACGACAUCAAGAACAAAAACCUACCUGUGGUCAAGAUGAUCAGAAGAAGAUGCUUUUAUUUUUCGAUUUUUGUUAUUCGACGUCCCGAAUUUCACGAUCUUCAUCAACAACAACUCCUUCAUCUCCACCUCUGUGACACGACCAGGCCGACGAUAAACAGCUUUCUUGUUUAUCUUUGUUCACCUCCCUUGUUGUUGUGCCCGUACGUUAUUUUUUACUUUUACGACUUACAUCACAAGCUACCAAUCUCCAUUAUCAACAACUCUUUCCUAACACCAGGUCGACGCCAUUUCGAAGCUUUUCGCGUCCGAUCAGAAAGCAACCCGUGCCUGUGGUCCGUUUUGUUAUCCGAAGUUUUCCGAGUACAAGCCCAACCAUGGCCAAGGUCUUCCCGUGGUCGAAAUGAUGCCUGUUUUUGAGGACCGACGCAACCGCUUUUACCAAGUCAAGCGCCAAGUGAGGCCGCCACGCGUCAACCUGAUCCGCUCGGCCCAACAGAAGAUGAUCGACAAGGUUCUGUUGAAGCAAAAGAAGCUUGCCGAUCAGGGCAAAGGUUUAAAGGGCAAAUUAGGCGGAAAGUUGCAGGCACUGAUUCGCAAAGAAGGUGGUGUGAUGGCGCAAAUCAAGGAGUCGAUUCGCGUCAAGGAUCACAAAAACUUGCACGUCAAAGAACCCUACCAUUUGCUUGGGUCUUUGAAGAAGCAUGCAGAAAGCUACAAGAAGUUCGGUCUGGAUUGGUCCUAUGGUAUGCUGAACGACCUGACGAGCACGCCAGGUCUAGGCGACUUCCUGUGGGACGUAGACUGGCUGGACAGUGACCAAUCUGCGCGAGUCUUUAAAUUAUGGACCAUGGAGCAGGUGUUGUAACUAGUUGAACGAGAACAAGAAGUCCCUAUCGACGUCCCUUUACCAAAUAAAAGCUAGGAAGAUUCUUUUCCUUUUUAGUGGAGAACUAGGAAGAUUCUUUUCCUUUUUAGUGGAGAACUAGGAAGGUUCUUCUCCUUGUUUUUAGUGGAAGAACUAGGAAGAUUCUUCUCCUUUUUAGUGGAAGAACUACAAGAUGAAAGAUACUGGCGCCUGCUCCUUCCCCGAGCCGCUAGCUUAGAAGAUAACAGAAGUGCUAGAAAGUGAAUCCGCAAAGAUAACAAUGCGUACUAUGAUCUAACUAAGUAUGCAUUUUGUAGAUUUAGAUAGUUGUACCUCGUCACUUCUCCUCCUCCUCUUUUUCCCCUCUAACCCGCGCCACACUUGGUGCCGAAAACCGGAGAUUAGCUCAGAACAAGGACCUACUGCUCAACAUGUUUACGCAAGUGCCAGAGGGUGUGAUUGACGAGAUGACGAAGAAAAAACGGGAGAUGAUGGGUAAGGAAACCAACGUUGAGAACGAAUUACUGCAGGCAGACGUAGAGAAAGUGAGGCAAGGCAUGCUCAAAUCACAAGGUGUGGAUCCGAGAAAGGUAGAAUACCUUUAAUACCUACUAUCCUUCCUUUACCUACUCUCCUUCCUUUACCUUCUCUAUCGUCCUUUACCUACUAUCCUUCCUUUUUCUUGUUUUCCUAGUUAGUUUGGCUCCACCCAUAUUAUUUUAAUACCCACUUACUUUCUUGUUCGUGACUCAUGAAUGAAGACUUCUUGGUCACCAUCCUCCCUUGUUGUAUCUAUUUGUGAUUGAAGCAUUUUCUCACCACGAACUGCAUAGCAAGAACUACUACAUCAUAUUAAUUGAAAACUUCUACUUUUCUACAGGCCACCGAAUCGAAAAUCAUGGAGAACCACAUGCACCACGAGUUGGAGUUGCGGGAGAUGCCCUUGCGGCAUACGGACAACUAUAUCUGUGCAGUGCGCGAUAUGUCCAUGGCCUACGAAAUCCGCGACGCCUAUCCUCCUGGAAACAGUUUGGUUACGAGGAACUUGGGACACGAUUUGACACGGUUGUACUGUGUGAUGUGCAACAAGAUCAUCAUCAAGCUUGGCAUGCGGACGGCCUAUUACUACUGCAAACAUUGCGCAGAUGAAGGGUCGAAACCUUACUGUUUGUGCACGACUUGCAACGAUCAGUUCAGAAUGUCCUUGAUGGCGUAUAAGUUGCUGGAAGACACUGCGGAAGCGGAGAAGGACAGAACUGCAGCAGCGCUGAUGAACGCUGCCUCACUGGAGGAGCCUGAAGACGAGGUGACGGAAUUCUUAAGAAAGAGCACGGAAGCUUUGUUUAUGAAGUAGGAACAAUAAAUAUAAAUAGCUUCGUGUUUCGGUUUCCAUGUGUUCUUGUACUUAAAAUCGUUGGACGAGGGAUGAAUCUACUGUAAUGGUGCAAACGUCUCCAUAUUAAAAAGGAUCUCCUUCAGGGCAUCCUCCAUUCAUAUUGAUGUAUCUAUCAUGUUGGUAUUUUUAGCGGCACAACUGAGAGAAGAGCACUGUGCCUGUGGGAAGUAAAUUUGAUGAAGAUAUAUACCUCGAAACUGUAACUUAAUGACAAGAUAUUUCAAUUAACGAUUAGCACGCGAUCUUUUCUUAGACUAUUUGAACAUCAUUUGCAAAAUAUCAAAAAACUUAAUGUUGACUAUUGACGAUUUAACACAAUUGAUGAUACGCAUGAUGAUGAUACGAACAAGAAAUCAUUGGACAACUUUGAAAAAUGAACACGGCGAGAAUAAUUUGAAAAUGAACAGCGACAGAGAAUCUCUGAGAUGAAGGUGAACCAAAUUGCUGAGAUAAA